AUGAACGAGGACAACGACUACGAGCAGGAGCGGCUCAAAAACAUCAGGGAGAAUGAGCGCCUCAUGAAAGAGCUCGGCGUCAUGGGCGGUUCCUCGGCCAUCGGCGGGCCGCCCCCCAAGCGCGCCACCCCUUCCAAGCCCAGGAAGCCCGCAACGCCCAAGAGCAAGUCCGACUCCACACCGACCCGCAUCAUGCCCACCCGCUCCAGCGCACGACUCGCCGGACACGAGGCAGACUCCGAGACACUCAAGCGCAAGUACGAGAAAGAGGCCGAGGAGGCACAGCGAGCCGCCGACGCAGCCAAGCGCGCACGCCACCAGCAGUUCGACCUCUCCGGUAUGACUGGCGGUGAGCUCGAAGAGGAAGCCAUCCUUGCCCUCGAGGCCACCCUCAGCAGCCUCGCCUCCAACGCCGCAUCCGCCGCAGAGCUCGUAGACAUCAAGCACGAAAACAAGCGCAGAGCCACAAAGCAAGAAGACGACCAACAUAGUGCCGAUCGGACCGAGCUAGAGCACAUCCUCAACAAGAUGACGCUAAAGAGCGCAGCCAAAGUCACUCCCAGGCGCAUAUACUCGAUGGCAUACCACCCGGCCAUCGACAAGGAUCUCAUCUUUGUCGGCGACAAGGAGGGCGCCAUCGGCGUCUGGGACGCCGCGCCCGUUGCCUCUUCGAGCACCAAUGGCGUCAAGACGGAAGACGACGAGGACGCAGCUGAGGACGACACCUUCCCCGAAGGCACCGCAUGGACACUCCAGGUCCACGGCCGCAGCCCCGUCACAUGCAUCAAGUUCGACCCGGUCAACCACAACUCGGCCUUCUCGAGCUCGUACGACUCGACGGUGCGCAAGCUCGACCUGGCAACAGGCAAGUCAGACGAGGUGUGGGCGGGCGAAGAGGACGUGCUGCUGUCCAUCUUUGACAUUCUGUCGCCCUCCACCCAUGCCGGCGCCUACAUCGACACGCCGCAUCCUUCGCUCGACGAGCGCUCCAUGUGGAUCGCCGACCACCGCGGCGGCCUGCUGCACAUCGACCUGCGCGAAAAGACGCGCCGCGGCAACAACACGCGUCGCUGGCAGGUGUGCGAGAAGAAGAUCGGCGCCAUGUCGCUCAACCGUGCGGCGCCCCACUGUGUCGCCACUGCGUCGUUGGACCAGCACAUUCGGCUGUUUGACGUGCGCGCCCUCGCCUCCGUCGUCAAAGAGACCGCAGAAGCUCCAUACAACUACAAGGGCGUCGAUGCCGACGAUCUCGAGGCCGCACAGUCAAAGGCGCAAUUCGCAGCCAACAAGGCCAGACAGGCGUGCACCAGCGUCGACUUUAGCCCCCGAGGUGACCAGCUCGUCGGCGUCUCGUACGAUGACGUCGUCAAGGUAUGGAGCAUGGAUCCCGGCUGGCUCUACUCCGAACACGGUCUCAAGAACAAGGCCGCCAUCACGGGCGCAGUCAACGGCGCCGCCAAGGGCGCAAGGCGCGGCGGAGCAGGCGUGAAGAAGGAGGAAGCCGAGCCCAAGAAGGGUGCACUCUCCACAUGGCUUUCGAGCUUCAAUCCGCUCAAGACCGAGGAAGAGGUCAAGGAGGCCAUCCAAACCGCCAAGGCUACGGCUCCGGCCAAGGAUCGACCUCAAGACGUGCUGGAAGAUCCGGUGCGCAUUCCUCACAACAACCAGACGGGCAAAUGGCUCACCAUGUUCCGCGCAAAGUGGAACGCCAAUCCCACGCUCGAGCCCCACUUUUCCAUCGGCAGCAUGACGCGCCGCGCCGAGAUCUACGCUGCCGACGGUACGCUCCUUCGCACGCUGUGGGACGAGAACCUCGUCACCGCCGUCCCCGCUGUCACUGCAAUGCAUCCUACCCGCCCCGCACGCCUCGUCACGGGAAACGCUUCCGGAAGAUGCACCUUCUGGUCCCCAGACCAAUAG